ACGUGGGAUGGCGUGGCGUGCGGUGGGCUGAGUGUCUACGCAGACAAUUGAAUUAAAUGGAAAAACAUAUGCUCACAUAUUUGACAUAUGGCGUGGAGUGGCUUGUUGCUAGUGGGUUUCGGACUUUAUACCCAAGCAAUCACGAGAGAUGGCAAUAAAUGUUUUAGAUUUUAAUUUAGUGAAAUAUUUGGAUAAUGAAUUAUGUGCUUUAUGACUUAAACUAAUAUCAUAUUUAUUGAAAUAAUUCGAUAAUUGUUGGGAAAGUCCUUGUACAUAAGCAGUAAUGCAAUCAUCUAUAUAUCGGAAAAAGGAUGGAAUAUUUAUAUCAAGUUUGCUUAGGACAGUUUCCUCAAGAUCUUCCAUUAACAAUUGUGCUAUAACACCUGAAAUGGAAACCCACAUAGCACAACCAUCAAUUUGUUUGUAUAUUUCAUUUUCAUAUUUGAAGUACGUUGUUGUAAGGGUGAGUUCUAUAGCUUUCAUAAAUUCGUUUUGAGGUAUUUCUGUAUAUUCUUUUUUGUCCCAUUUUUUAAUUAAUAUAUUUUUCACAAUGGUAAUGUAUAUAAAGAAACCACAUCUAACAAAAUAAAUACAUAUUCGUUAGGAAUUUUUAUACUUUUAAUUUUUUCUUUGAAAUCCCAUGUAUUUAAAUAUAGUAUUUGUUUUGAUAUAAAUUUUUAUUCAAAAUAUUUUUCAAUUAGAUAAUGGGGUGAGAGAAGUUUGAAUACUUGAAACAAUCGGUCGAAGGGGGAUGUCAGGUUUAUGCAGUUUUGGUAAACCAUAUAUUUUAGGGGGUAAGGCAUUGUGAAUUUCCAAUUUUUUGCGUCUGAUGGCGAAAUAAAAAGUUGUUUUUCCCAAGAUCGAGUUUAGAUCAUUAUUUUGUUUUUGAUGAGAAUUCGUAGAGUCUUGUUUAAUUUUUUUUUAUAAGUUGUCUCAGCGUUUCAUAAUUUCAUCAUUUUAUCAUAAUAAUCUUUUGAUUUCAUGAUAACAGUUUUAUUUAGAUUUAUCUGCUUUUCAAAAUUUUGAGAUUUCUAUUUUUAUUUAUGAAUUCUUUGGUUUUAGUUAUAUUUUGAGGUUCGAUAUUGUUUUGUUGUCUUUUAUUUUUCAAUUUAUUUUUGAAAUCAGAUCUUAUUUUAUUUUGAAUUUCGUUAUUUAGAUUAUUGGUGUUGCAUUCAAUAUUACAUAAUAUAUUUGUCACAGGUAAUUGUUUGUCACUAGAAUUAUUUUGUGCAAAAUGGGGACCUAAAGAUAAAACUUCUUUCACUUCAUCUGGUAUAACAGUAUCAGUUAAAUUCUAGAUGCAUUUUGAUUUUAUUUCAUUUGUAUUUUCAGCAAUAGGUUGUUGUUUUAUUAGCUUAUCAAUUUUCUUCAAUUUUUUUUCUCUGCAUUUAUUAAAAAGUGAUUCAGUUCUUUUUCGUUAAAUUUUUGGUAAAUAUUAAUAGGAAUUACUUCAUCUAUUUUAACUGUUAUGUUUUUUAAAUUAUUUUCUAAUUUUCUUAUCAGAGUAGUUGUUUCGGUAAUAGAUAGUUGUAUGACUUGAAAAAUAAAUCUAGAUAAAACGUGAUUUUGAUAUUCAUGCUGCAGGCGACUAUUUGUAAAUUUUAUAUAUGGGAUAAUUUUAAAUUUAGAAAUGUAGUGUCAACAAAGACUGCUACAGAGAAUAGAGAAAAUACGACAAAAAAUCUAUUCAAAUGUUGUAAAUAAUUCAUUAUUCCAAAAAUUAUACUAUUAAUAUUCAUGUCCACAAUAUUACUCUAUUUUUAUAAAUGAUUAUUAGUUUGGCAUUGUUGAUGAAAUAAAAAACUAAAGUUCUUUCCUGUUUUUAGUUGAAACUUCAUGAAUAUAGGUUUUUUAAGUCAACUAGUUACAUGUUUUAGUUGGCACAAAUUAUGACCACUCAAGGGUGGUAAGUUACAACCUGUCAUAUAAAGGGUAAUCAAUACCUAUUCUGUAAUUGUUAAUUGUUAAAUAUUUCCUUAGACAAGAGAAAAAUCACUGUAUGUACAAGUUUAUUCCUAGUAUAAAGUAAGAUAAUGGUACCUACAAAAAAGUGAAAGAAAGAGAGAUUCUCUGGGUAUAUUUUGAAUGGGAUGAAGUAGUUUUUAGAGAGAGAAAGGUUUAUUGGAAUUGACCCUGAUAUAGGGGCUGCUCCUCUGUAGGGCUGGGUUGGUGGUGAUAGGUUUGUCAUGGCACUGCUUCAGACUGAAAAAAGAAAAAAAAGGGAAGACCAAACGUGGCUCGAAGAAGAAGAAAAAAAAGCUAGAACAGGUUCACCAGGUUACAAGAAAACCGCAGAAAACCUGCAAUACCGUCGAUAAGUAUACCUAUAGUGGGACACUCAACUUUAUACCUCAAAAUUAAAGGUUGGGUACCUUAUAACCUUGAUCCGAUGAAAGGCCUUUGUAAACAUCUGCAAUUACAUUUUUUGGCAGUAUCUUGGUAUGUAACCUUUUUGUUCGGUUGUUAAUACAAUUUUGCGUUUUUUUCUUCGACAUUUUUUGACCUCGCUCAGGAAAUGGAUAAGGCGUAAGUAUAUUUCUACGAUUUUUUUUAUCUAUUGUUUUUAAUGUUAACGAUUUAUUUCAAAGAUUAAAUGAUUAGGUACACAUAUAAAAACCCUUUAGUUUUAGAGUAUUAAAUGUUAUUCAAAGUAGAUUUUCUAGGAUUAGAGGAGGAUGUCCUACUAUUGGCACACCCAAUAAGGGUUGCUCCAGUUGUGAACAGAGCAUUCCACUACUAAGAAAUUUUUAUUUUUAUUUGUUAAACUUGCUAUUAUGUUAAACUUACCAAAAGAAUAAUUUUUUAUAAGAAAAGAAAAGAAAAGUAAAUAGAUAUUCAAAAAUACCUACAGUAGUUCUAACCUCCAAACAUGAGAAAAUUCUGGUACAAUGGAUAAAGGCGAUAGCCAAGGCUGAUGACUAGUGUCACAAAGUUAGCCAAAGAUAUGGACAUAAGGCAUAAGGGAGAACCUUUUUUAUCCAAGAGACAUAUAGACUGUUGGUUUUAAAGUGUUUGAGACUACUUAAUGGAGAUACUUUAACCAACUCUUCCUGAGUAUUUAAUUCCGACAAAAAGGGUUUCUUCCUUAACCCCAAGCCUGUUAGGUCCUAAGGGUUCAAAAACAGUAUAUACAGGCAUUGGAUCAGAUCAGGAAUUAAAUCCAGUAGUGUUAAUAACCAAUAAUGCUGACUUUAGUCUUAAGUAUAACAUUUUAAAAUAUUUAAAUAAUGCGAUAGCAAAGCUUGAUAGUAUUGUGAGCAACCUGUCACAUAUUUUCAAUAUGGAACCUAGUUUAUAUACAUAUAUCAGAAUAUUAUAUUUUUAAUACGAAACUUUACAUGUUGACAAUAAAGAUGUAAAUAUGCUGAUUCAAUAGUGCUAUAUUUUAAAAUCUCUGUAUAUUAUACAUUUAAACUUACCUUAAGGUCUUUAGAAAAAGUACGCAUUUGUUCUUCGGUUGAAAGAACAAUUAUGUACAUAACAAGUAAAUACCAUUAUUGAAAUAGGAAUAAUGAAAUCGUAACAACCAAUUCUUUCAAAUUUAAACAUGUAAGCUGAUUAGGUUGACGUUGUCAACAAUAUUUAUUGCCAACAGAGGAACAACAGCGCUAAGUGAUAAUAAUCGAAACUAAAAUAAGGACUGUCAAGGAAUAUCAUUUAGGUUAACUAUUUAUCAUCAUUUACGGUUAUAAAAGAGGAUAUCUUUUUAGGACAAAAAUAUAAAUAUUCAUUUUGCGUUGUCUCUCGUGAUAAUUUUAUUUAUAUUGGCUAAGAAAUAUAGUUCGGAAACUAUUUACUAUUUUAGAUAAUAGAAAAACCGCAUACCCUAGAAGAAUUAUGAGUGCCGAUUACUUGUAUUAUUCCCACGAAAAACUGCAAAAUUUUAUAGGGCAAUCUAAAAAUGCAGAUGAAGGUGUAAUGGAAUACCUGAGGAAUGUUAAAUAUGCAUCUGUACACGAUUUUGCACCAGGACUGGAAUGGUUUAAUACCAGUGAACCUUUAUCAUUUGCCAAACACCUACAUGGAAAAAUAGUUGUUUUGGAUUUCUUCACCUAUUGCUGCAUUAACUGCAUGCACAUUAUUCCAGACUUAAGAGAAAUCGAAAGCAAGUUUUCUGUAGAAGAUGGUUUGGUUGUAGUUGGUGUUCAUAGUGCUAAAUUUGAAAAUGAAAAAAUAUCAUCCAACAUCUUGGCUGCCGUCCAACGAUACAAUAUAUCUCAUCCAGUAGUCAAUGAUGCCAAUUCUGAAAUGUGGAAAAACUGCGAUGUACAUUGCUGGCCUACUUUGUUGAUAUUAGGCCCAUCGGCCAAUCCCAUUGUGAUGCUUACUGGGGAAGGACAUAAAAAAGAUCUCAUAAUAUAUAUCAAAAACACUUUGAAAUUUUAUAAAGAAAAGGGCAUGAUCUCUAACCACAAGUUACCAAUUAAAUCAGCAUACCAUUUAUUACCAGAUUUGAAAGGACCUCUAUUGUUUCCAGGCAAAGUUACAAAUAUUUUGGACGAAAAUAAUCAUGAGAUAUUAGCUAUAUCUGAUACUGGUAAUAAUAGAAUUUUGGUACUAAAGGAGGAUGGAACUGUUAUGGAACAAAUUGGUGGGAAGAAGUUAGGUUUUAAAGAUGGUAAUUUUGAAGAGGCAGAAUUUAACAAUCCUCAAGGCUUGACAUUUCAAAACAAAGAUGUUCUUUUUGUGGCUGAUACUGAGAAUCAUGCUAUAAGAAAAAUUGACUUUAAAACUAGAACUGUAGUGACAGUAGCCGGUACUGGUAAACAGGGUGACGAUCAAAUUGGAGGUCAGAAGGGUCCCCUGCAAUGUAUAUCAUCACCUUGGGACUUAUGCAUAUACCGAACUCGAGAUAUGGACCUCACAUUUCAUCCGGAUGGCAAUCCACCAAUACGAGACGUUCUUAUAAUUGCAAUGGCCGGUACACAUCAAAUUUGGGCACUGUUUCUUGAAGAUACAGUCUGGUGGAAGUGUAAAAAAUAUAUGGCAGGAACAUGUAUAAAUAUUGCUGGUUCUGGUAGAGAAGAAAAUAAAAAUAACAGUUACCCCAACUCUGCUGGUUUUGCACAACCGUCGGGACUUGCGUUAUGCCAGAAAAAUAGGGAACUUUACAUUGCAGACAGUGAAAGCUCCAGCAUUAGAAGGUUAUCUCUAGCUGAUGGAAAAGUUACACCUGUUGUGGGUGGAGACAGAAAUCCACAGAAUCUCUUCGCUUUUGGAGAUAAAGAUGGCACAUUGUUUGAUGCUAAAUUACAACAUGCACUUGGUGUCUGCAUCACUAAGGAUGAAAAAACUCUAUUCGUAACUGAUACUUAUAAUCAUAAAUUAAAAAGAGUGGAAGUAACAGAAAACACAGUUUCUACAAUAACUGUUCCUGCUGAAGAUACUAUAGAUGGCACUACUAGCACUUUUAAAGAGCCGGCUGGUAUAUGUAUCAGCAUGGAUAACAAAAAACUUUACAUAACUGACACAAAUAAUCACCAAAUAAAAGUUUUGCAUUUAAAUAAUAAAUAUAAUGUCAUUAAAAUCGAAAAAUUGGAAUUGAAAUCUCUAGAAGAAAACAAACAAAAGAUCAAAAACUCUUCUUAUGAAAUUAUUACAGGUAAACCCGUUAAAUUAAAUUCGACUGGAGGUAAAAUAAUUUUGUCUAUAAAUUUGAAUUUGGAGAAGGGUUUAAAUCUUACGAAUGGAGCUCCACAGAAUUGGAUUGUUGAUUUACCAGAUGUUACUUGGUCUUCUGUUCCCAAAAAUGGUACAGAUCUCACUCACAUAGAAACUACAAUUAAUGUGCCAAAUCAUAUCAAUUAUAAGGAACAAUAUGUCGAUUUUUUAUUUGAUUUACUCACUUGUACAACUGAUACGUGUUUACCAAAAAGUUUUCUCAUCAAGAUACCAAUAAAGUUUGAGGCAACUGGUAAGAGUAAUGUUGCAGAAAAUAUUAACUUGGUCAUGAAUUCGAGUGACAUCAAGGUGCUCUAAUAUUAUGAGAAAUAAUUAAACAAUAUUAAGAUUUUUCAUAUUUUUAAUUAAUAAUAAUUAUCCAUGGGAAAGGGGUAAAACGAUUUUCUGUGUUUAUAAUAUUGAAAUUGCUUUAUUUUCAUUAUUUACUGAGUAGCUAAAAUCUUAAUACAAAUAAUACAAAAAUAUAUUUUCAGUUUAAUUAAAUCAUUCAAAAUAAGUUAUAAUUAUAUGAAAAGCUUUAAAAAAGAAACGAUUUUUCAAGGUAUUUACAGAAAUAGGUGAAACUCAGUAGGAUUGUCAUUAACCGAUAUAAUAAAUUCCUUAUAUUUGAAGUUAAGUUGAAUACAAUAUGAAGAAUGCUGUAUGAAGUAAAGACGAGGACUCUAAAUCUUAGGGCGAUGAACCAACUGGAGACAUUCGAAAUGUGGCUUUUUCACAGGAGAAUGCUUUAUAUUUCAUGAACACAAUACAAUCAAGAAUGUACUACGAAGAAAAAAUGUCAAAAGAUAUCAUAUCUUUGUCAUAAAUAUCGUCUAUUACAGCUAUUACUCAAGGGCAAGAUCAAAGGCUGCUGUGGAGUUGGAAGAAAGCAACAGUCGUUACUCGGGCGGAUUUUGUCUCCCUUGUGGUACGCAUGCUUUUAAUGGAUGAGUGUCGGAAGUGCUUUCAUUAAUUUUUGUUCUGGCCCUCUAACUCUGUCAUUUGAAGACAUUUUUUGAUUUUAUAAAAUAGGCCUGUGUUGCAAAUCUAGUUGAAAGCUUGGCUAACGUCUAAAAACACUGAUGUGUAGUAUUUUUUAUAGUGCUUGAUUUAUUGUAUUGUGUGGUUUAUCAUUUGUAUUUGUUGUAUAGUUAAAUGUUCCUUUCUAAAUCCAAACUGGUGUAGUGGUAUCCAUUCCUCAGUGUUUGGGUCUGGCGUUGCUGAGAAUAUGAUAACCAGUUUUUGUUCUUUAUCAUCAACUGAUAAAAUGUCUUUUUUAUUCCUUCACUUUUAUCUUAUUUUUGACGUAUCACAAUUGAUAACAGCGUUCGAAAAACACAUCCGUACGUAACGAAAGUCAAAUGAUAACAAAAUAAAAUUUAUUUGUAGGAUGUCGAAAAAGAGUUUCAAAGUAGAGUAAAUAUUUUCUUAUAAUUGAGAAAUGGAAUGAAUACAUGUGACAAAUAAUUUUGUAAUAGAAAUUAUUGCAAAAGUACUUUCACUUAGAUGCUCUCUAGAAUUCUACUAAAUAGAGAGAAUGAAAAAAUAUAAUUAAGCUGAUGAUUCCCUAUAUUAGUUAUUAAUUUGAAGUGUACAUUUUACGACCAAAUGGGGCCAUCCUGCAGAUAAUGACACUUUAUAAGAAUUUCUUUGAAAGAAAAAUUCUCUAAAAUCUACUACAACGAUUACUCCUUGUUGCUGUUAAAAAAAAGCAGCCGUUUUCAAUGAAAAUAUGUCUUAAAAAUAUUUUUCAUAUAAAAUAAAAUUACCUUAAAUACUUUCUGAUACAGAAUGUUAUAAGGAGUUAAUUUUUUUAUUUACUAUCAGGAAUUUACAUCUAAUUUCUAUUCUCAGCUACCAUUUUUUGUUGUUGCUAGAAACACCACAAUAUGUGUACUAUAUAGAUAUUUAUGGAAUUGAUUCAACAGUAUCUUAUUUCAACAACUUCAUAUAACCUUUUGAUGACCUACACGAAUUAAUAUUUUUUCUCUAUUUAAUACAUAUUGAGUAAGUCGUCGAAAAAGUAUAAUCUGAAAGACGUACGGAGCUGGAUAUUCUAUAAUUGUAUGACAAGAUUAUAUUUUCAAUAAAAUCUACUUUUUUUACUUGAAUUCCGGAGUUACACAUUACAAGUAUCUCUAUUUCAUAGGCUUUGAGGUUUUUCAUCAGAUCACAUUUUUUCCCUCAAAUCUUUUCAUCUUCAAUUAAUUGUAUUAUUUAUCUGAAUGUUUUAUAAUUUAUACAUGGAGCUACUGAUUUACAAGAUAAAAAUUAUAUUUGUGAUAACAUUGAGUCUAAGUUUGCUCCCUAAUGAAACACAUUAUAUUAAACUGAAAAAAAUAUAUAGAUUUUUGUUAAUGAAUGAAAAAUGAAAAUAUUUAAUUGAAAAUCGCAAGAAUUUUUCAUUGGUUUUUUGUGCCGUUAUAGGUUUAAUAAAAACAUUGAGCAGUUGACUUACAAAAUUUUUAAAUUUUCAAUAAUUAUGUUCGCUAUAAAUAAAUAUUGAUCAAAUAUUUUUUUUCCAAACCAUCCAAGUACCCUAUUCAGUGAGGGCUAACAAGAUUUGACUCGUAGAUGUUACCACAUGCUCCAUAUGAAUUAAAGACUGAACUUUGUAGUUAUAUUAAAGGAGGACCAUAGUCAAUCAGUAGAAUUAAAAUAUCUCGGAAACAAUAAAUAUUAUACGGAUCAAAGAAGUAAACGUUUUCCCUUCAAAAAAAUGUAGGUGAUUUCAAACCAUAUGCACAUAUCUGGCGACAUCUACGAUCUAAGUCAAAUCCUUCCACAUUAACAAAAAUCUACAUAAUUUCAUUUUAAAUCAUCUUGUAUCUCACUAUACUUAUACUUAUUGUGACAUUAAUGAAAAUAUUUCUGCCUUUUAAUGUGUGGUUACAAUUUGUGUCACUACUUCUACACACUGUCUGUCUACAGGGUAUUGUUGUAAGGUGUAUGUAAAAUGAUUUUAGAGGUAUAUAGGCCAGGAACCAGCGGUAAAAAACUUCAAAACUGUGGAAUUUUGUUAAUCAACGUCGAUUUUUAUGAAAAUUUGAAUUCAAGCUCAACUUCUCCCUUAUUCAAAAGGAUGUUUUUCAUUUUUUAGGGGCGAAAACUACCCUUUAUUGUGAAAAAAUUAAAAAUCUUCAUUUUUAGCAUGUAUUUGAGUAAAAUACAGUUUAAAUGAAUUAUUCUUGGAUCUAUUGAUGUUUUAAAACAAGUUUGUGAUUAAUAGAACUCUUGCAACUCCUCUGAGAGUAGUACCAUUCAAACCUUUUUUUAUAAUCUCAAUUUUCAUGAAAAUUUGAAUUCAAGCUCCUCGCACUCUUUUCUAUGAUGGACUUUUUAUAUUUUGGGGGUGUAAAUUACGAAUUUUAUUGUCAUUCUCAAACAUGUUUUUGAUCAAUCAGAUUCAUUCAACCCUAAUCAAAAGUUAAAGAAUUCUUUUAUAAUUAAAAAUUAUUCCAAAGUGAAUUUAUAUUGAAUUAAGAAUAUUUCAUCAGUAUUUUCAAGUAGUAUUGCUUUUGAAAUAUUUAAACCCUUGUGAAACCCACCUUCAACGACCAAAAAUUUGAAAAUUGCAAUUAAAAUAUUUUAACAUAAGCAAUAAAAAAAUGAAAAUAUUCUUAAAAACAAUAAAAAAUUUUAUUUAGAAAAAAUUGUAAAAUACAAUUUUGCAUAUAUUAUAUUUCAUCAUCACUAAUAUUUUUUUGCUCGAAUCUCUUUGUUUUUGAUUUUGUUCCUAAUGAUUUUGCUGAUAAAAAGAGAACUUUUCAAGUUAUUUAUGAAAAACGGUAGAAAAUAUACGUUUUUUUUAAUGAAUAAUGAGCAGUUUCAAUCAUUAAUAAUUCUAAAAGUAUCAUCUUUAGAAAAAUCUUUGAGGACCAAAAAUUGCUUGAAAUUAGUCAAUCUAUCGACCCACGAGAUUAUUGGUGGCUUUCAUCUCCAGGGCAAAAACACCCUUCGGCACAGGGUAGAUUUUGAAGGUUAUUAAUACUACCUUCAUACCAAUUUUCAAGAAAAUCGACCUUGAUCAUCAAAAUUUCACAAGAAAUCCGCUGAUACUUGGUCUAAUAGGCAUUUGUAUUUAUGAAAUCUGUGAUAGUUGGUAAUUUGGAUAUACCGUAGAUCAACGCCACAAUUAUUUACGAUAGUAUAAGGGAACAUACUCUUAAACUUUUUCUUUUAAAACAAUAUUUUAAAAAAUAUAAAAAUAUAGGGUAUUUGACAAAUUUUGAGAAAGUAGUUCAAAGGAUGUAUGUACCUAUAAUUUGACGUACAAAAUUAUAAUAAUAUUUUUAUAUUAUCAUAACAAUCAAAAUUAAGCAUUUACAUUUUCGUUCUUUAUCAAUAUUGCAGAGUACUGACGUUAGUAUAUAGUAAGCUUGUAAACAGUUAACAGCAUUCUUUAGUGUUUAUUUGCUAUGUUAUUAUAAUUUUUUUUAAAGUAGGGUAUAGUGCCUCGGUGUACUAAUACUUAAUUGAAAAAUGAAGAAAUGAAAACAGUGAUUACAACUAGUCAGAAGAGAAAUUCACAAUAAAUAUUUUGUAUUCAAAAUUUGUGAAAAUAAGCAUUUAAAGUGUUUACCAAAUAUGUUUCAUUUUUGCAUUUGUUAUAUAUAAAUCCACUUAUUUUAGUUAUAUUAUUAUUCGUCCAAUGAUUUGGAAAAUCUUAUGCUAUACAAUUUAAUUCAUUUCAUCAUGAAUAAUAUGGUGUAAGAAAAAAAUGAAAAUUGAUUUAACAAUUCAUAAUAAAGUAGGACAGUGCAUAGUAAUUUAAUUAAUAUGACCAAUGUUAGAAUUAAUUAGGUAUCAAACUAAAUUUUAGAAAUUCACUUUUUGUUUUUAAUUGCAAAUUAAAAAGUGAAUAGGUUAGGUUAGGUUAACAUGGUGAUCUCCACUUUUCAGCCGAGAUCCACUCGGAAGCUUUAGGCCCAUUCUGAUGCCCUUGCUGACUUUUUAGUCAGCACCAUUUCACGCCCCUUCCCGAUCUCUUCCGUUGCCAGGUCCUUGCCCCCUUCCCAAGCUUUUCCAGUUUGCAAAGUGAUUCAGGUCCUUAACACCCAGCUCCGGUGCUUCUUCCAGACAUUCCAAAGGUUCACUCCCUAUGCAUUGUAGUUGUUUCGACGCCAAGGCUGUGCAGUGAAUAAUAUAUAUAUAUAGUUUUAAUAUUGCACAUCAUAAUUUUAUUAAAAUAAUGAAAUUAAAACUCAAUCCAAAUAAUAUAACUUUAAUGUAAAUAAAAGAAAAAAUAACCCAUCAACUAAAUAAUAUAUAUUUCUUUAAUUUUUUAUAUCUUUUGAUUUGUUCAUGUUUCUAAAUGUUCUUGAUUUCAGGUCUCUUUUGUUUCAAAAUUAGUUUUUCUAAUAAUUUUUAAAAUAUAUAUAAAAAUUGAGGUUUCGACUAAUUUUAAGUAUUAAAUAUUUUGAUAAAGACUUGCUGACUUACCUCAUUUUAUAAAUUUAUUAUUUUUAUAGAUACUUUUAAAAAUAUAUAUCUUAUGCGAGAAAGUAUCAAUUAAAAGGCAA